CUCAGAAAUAUAUUACUAAUUAGUACAGAGCGUCCAUGUAACCGUUGCCAAAUUUGUUGUAACUGUCGGUAAUAAUGCUGAGAUUUCGGUUGGAUACUGAAUGUAAUGGGAAACUGUAUUGAAGACUGAACAAGACUGUUUUCUCUCAAAUACAUUCGGUUUGAAAGAGACAGUAAAAGUGUGGAUUUGGAUUGGUUAAUCAAAAUUUACGAUGUGACGAAGUCUGUUAAUAGUUUAACGCUAUGUUUACCUACUUCAGUCUACGAAAUUAAUCAUUUAAAUUGUAUGAAAUAAGUUAUGGGUACGCUUUCAAUAAUAUCCAACUUAUAACAACCUUAUUCAACAGCUAUAUGAUAAUGCCACAAGUCAAGGGAUUCGCAGGAGGAAAUUCAGUAAAGAAGUGAAGACAGAAGUAUAACAAAACUGACUACUGUCUGCUGCACUCAGCAUCAUGGCGACAAAUUGAUUGUAAUAUGUAUCUCAAAGGUCAUUAUAAUAUGCUAAUUAUAAUUUGUAGUGUGUAAAUUACUUGUCGAAAUAAUACAGUGCGCAUAUAACAAAAAAAAAAUAAAAUAAAAUAAUGAUCAACAAACUGAAUUCACUUUGCAUUUCACUCCCUUGAAACAACAAUCAACAAAGUGACAUAAUACAAAAUAUUUGAAAAAAAAACACAACUGCAAAUGAACUCCACUUAUACUUACCUAAUAUGAUAAGCAGUUAUUGUGAACACUGUACACAUGUACACAAUUAAUAAACAGGAUGUAUAUUAACAGUAGAUCAAUAGAGCUAAUAGAAAUGUAUUUAGAAAACGAUAUAUUGGUAUAGAUAUAUUUUUAAGGAUAAUUUAUUAUGUCAUUUCAUUUCAUUUGAACAACAAGUCAGCUAAACAGCUGUAUGCAUUAAAAUACAAGUUCCAUAUGAUCAUAUAAGUGGUUUGAUAUAAAGGAUUCUGAUAUUCAUAAAUGAUUUCUAUUAUAAUCCGAAAUAAUUUGAAAGCCUGAUGGGAUAUACAUAAGGGUAUGCUAACGGUCAACGUACAUAAACGUCAGUUGUAUUUACCCUCCUUAAAGAGACAAGAGGCAGACAUGAAAGUGUUUUUGUGAACAGCACACAAACCUCUAUUCAGUUUACUCUUCGGUUACAUUCGGCUAUAUCACAAUGCAAACUGUUUUAUUUACUUAAGGGUGAAGAAAUCAGCAUUUGACCCGAAUUCACGAUUUAAUAUUCACCGAUGACUCUGAAGUGAAGACUGCAGCAAGAUGAGAUUGCCCACUAUCACCGAUAAUAUUUCUGAUUGUGAUGGACUGGACCAUGCAUAAAACCGUGUAAAGUGAAAGGAAAGGAAUACGUCAGGCCGACAAAAAGACUGCAGAAGAUUUGGACUUCACGGCCUGUUUGAGUCACUGGGUUGCAUGAAUCGCCAUUCAACACAAUUCGUCAUAUUUUCUUCAAUCCUUAUAGUUUUAACCAAUCACUUACUUUUUUGAGUCGCAAAGUAUAUCCAUCACAUUUCUGAUUAGUUUUCAAACUGUCAGUGUACAUUUCUCAGAAAUAAAGGAAAGUUGUUAUGCGGGAUUAAUCUAUGCUUCCAAUAGAGCAGCAGUGUACCAAAUGAUAUACUACAGAUUGUUAGUGUACUGGAAGAUCCUGAAUGAAGACAAAAUAAUAUGCAAAAAAUAACUCUGAGAAUUCUAUGCAUUGUGUAGACAUUUUGUCCAGAUUAAAGCUAUUAUUAUUAUUAUUAAUGUUUAAUGUCACACAUACUCGAUGACCUAAAGACGAAAACCAGCUAGUUGCCAGAAGAAGCAGCCGAGAAAGGACAUCAAGUGGAGAUAGAGAUGAGAGUGGUGAUGAAGAUAACCCACCAAUCAGCAACAAGCACCAAUCACUAUCAACGGGAGAAUUUUGAAGGAAGUCACUUCAUUCGAUUAUCGUGGCAGCCUAUUUUUAACUACACACUGCACGGAUGAAGACGUAAAAGCUAGACAGGAUCACUAAAAAGCACGAGAGACCAUCAUUAAUUUGAAAUCUGUUUGAAAGUCUGCUGCACUUAGCAUAAAGAACAAGAUUUAAGUUUACAACAUUAAUGUCAUUUUAGUCAAUGCUUUUGUAUGGCUCAGAAACUUGGCAGGUCACAAAAAGCAUUCUGAACACGCCUCAAACUUAUCAACAUCUGUCUUUGUUCCAUACUGAGGGCCAGUUGGCCAGGCAGAGAGGAUUCACAACAAGCAACUCCGGGAAUGAAACAACCAACAACCAUUCGCCCAACAGAUAUUCACAGAGAAAUCAAAAUGAAUCGGACACACACUUAAGAGACUGUUGAGUAACAUCGUACUCUGGGCUGAAGAGUGGAACCAGAAUGGGAAAUGACGAGUUGGGCGUCUAUGAGUGACAUUGAGGAGGUCGAAUGUGGAGACUUGUGCAUAACUGUACAGCCGGCCAAAAAGGACUCCAGAGAACAGGAUGAAAUGGAGAUGAGCUACUGAAACUUUAUGUUCCACUCAUAACCCACGUGAAUAAUAAAACUCAUACAACAUUUAAUCUAAUUAGUAAAUGAAUUAAUAUAUACUCGUCACACACAGCACUGAUGUGUUGUUGAAGCCUCAUGUUCCAUUGGGAACCCAAAGAAAUAAUAAGAAUACAUACAGCACUUAGUAUGAAAACAAAUGAAUUGGACAAGUUUAUAUACCUAGACAUUUAAGAGAUGACAGAUCUUGCACUAAGAAAUUCCAACAGGUCCUGAUAAUAUCAAGCUAACAGUGUCCCAUAAAUCUUUCACACAAAAUAAAUAGUGUAACAUCUCUUAGAGCUGGACCGUCCAUUUACAUUAACUAAUUUAAACAUAUCUAUAGCUCUUAUGAAAUACUUACUGAACUAUACAUUAUGCUUAGAGAGUAGUGAACAUAUAUUCAUGAAAUGCAUCACUGGUGUUUAAAAAAUUAUUGCUGAAAUUUCAAGCAUAUUUUCAGUCGAUUUUUUUUUGUAAAAUUCUAAGCAGUUUCUAUAUUCCAUAUUAGACAGGCCAAAAAAGAACAGAGAGAGAAAAAAUAUCUGCAUUCUAUUAAGACAAAAAUCGAUUAAACUGUCAUCCAAACUGUAUCUUUUCAUUUGCCUCCUUUUUUUGAGAAUGCUGAUAUAACCAUCACGCAUCUGCCUUCUUGAUGUGAAUUACUUUGAGCUUGAACGCAUUAAAAAUUUCAGGUAUGCCUAGAAGAGUAGGUUGCAAAAAGGAGUAGAGCUUUCUAGAGGUUUGUAGCUGCACGAAAAGACGCAAGAAAAGAAUGUCUAAUUAUAGUGGUACAAAAUUUUACCACAUGAUUUAUACCCAUACUCAUUGAAGUUCAAAUUUUCAAGUAUUAGUUUUGUAGGGAUUUAGUUCGAUUGGAUGGAGGAUUUCAUCAUGAGUUGACAUCAGUUAGAGAACCACUGGAAAACCCGCCUGGGAGUACUGGACAGCUGUUUCGUCCUAGUUUGGGACUCCUCAGCAGUACGCACCCACCGGGGUUCGAACCCAGUACCUUCUGGUUACAAGGCGAGCUCGUAGACCAUUGAGCCACUGGGACCCGACCCAAUGGCCCAUGAAUUCUCCAGUGGUUCUCUAACUGAUAUCAGCUCACUAUGAAAUCCUCCAUCCAAUCGAAGUUCAAAUUAACAAGUUGGUAUUUUACGAAGAUCAUCGUUGUAGCAUAAAGCAGUGACGUAAGUACGUACAUAAUUGAUAAAAUUCACAUCCCGCGGAUAUUGUUUGUUUAACAGUAACGGUCUGUAAGACAAUAGGUAACUUACACAAUAUUAUACACUUCCUGUUCUCAAAUAUAUCUCUCUUUGUCUUUGAUUUCAAUUACUUUCAAUGAUUUUUAUUUAUUGUAUUUUUCCUUGUUCCAGACAAUCGGGCAGUCGUCUCAUUUGUAUUCAUCAUUAUUUCAUCAAUAAGCUACUGAAUAGAUAAACCAAUCACCGUACAGCUAUUUAACCAAUAAGAAUCAACAAGUCCUUUUACUUACCUGAGAUAGUUGGCAUAUUUUUUAAUAUAACUGUGAUUUUAAUCCUCUUAAUGUUUGAAUAACUAAGCUAGUCAUGUAUUUCAAAAGCUGUGAUAUUUUAGACUAAAUGAAAUCAGUUAAUAUAUACACUGAAAUAAAACAAUUCAUUACUGUUUUAAAAAAAUUCAAUUUUCACUUGUCUUCAAGAAAUUUAGUGAAAUGUUAAAAAUGUCCAAAAGAAUCAAUGAUGAAAUGAAUAAUACUGAAUCACAAAAGCAGACUGAAUACGUGUCUGAAAGAGAACGAUGCAUAGACCGAGGUCCAGCAUGGAUAAAAGCUAUAUGUGCAUUUAUCAUACUAUCAAGUCACUAUGGUAUACUAAACUGUGGUGCUUUAUUCUAUCCUGGACUAGAGGAAGCUCUUCAAAUUCCACUGAAUGUUCUCUGCUGGCUGAUGACUGGUCAAUUUGCAAUUACAUUUUGUUUGGCACCACUGUAUAAUCGUUUAUUGGAUUUGGUGUCUAAUAGACCUGCGACAAUUAUAUCGGUUGCAGUUACAAGUGGUGCAAUCAUCUCAUCUGUAUUCUUUAAUAGCUAUUUAGGAUUCUUUCUCACUUAUACACUAGUUGGUGGUAUAGGAAUGGGUAUAAGUUUUGUUCGAGUGAUAGCUGUUAUGGCUGAAUAUUUUAACAAUUACAGAAUAUUUGCAUUAGCUAUUUGUAGUAGUGGUGCUGGUUUUGGAACUGUCAUUUAUUCCCAACUGGGCAAUUAUAUGAUUGACAAUUAUACAUGGCGUAUUGCAUUAAUCUCAUUUGCUUUAGUUCAUCUUAAUGUUAUUCCAUUAAGUCUUUUAAAUCGUCCCUUGUCAUCAGAACCAACACCAGAGCCUACAAUUCUAAUGCCUAAUGAUCCAAUCAUGUCUACAAUGAGUUUAAAAUCUGUUCCAGGAAUACCAAAUAUGUAUGCUUCACAAAUAAGUACAAUGGGUGGCGGUAUUGUUGGUAGUAUUUUAACUAAUAUGGAUGAAACUGGUCAAAAGUGUAGAUCAGAGACAGCGUUUACUCGUUUAACAGGACAAGAUAUAAUUGGUGUUGUAGAAUUUAUUAAAAUUAGCUGUGAUAAAUCAAAUACUAAUGAAUUAACUGUCAGUCCAAUCAGUUUUAUCAAUGAUUUGGAACCACAGAUAUUAGAGCGUAUACAAACAGCGGCUGAUGAAUAUUUCGACAAUUUAGAAAAUAAUACACCUGAAACACUAUUAAACAAUGUGAAUGAAACUCAUUUGAACAUGUUCCUUCCAAUUAUCUUCUUAGUCUGUGAUCGAUUAUCUGGAAUUCAGAGUAAUUUACCAUCAGAAAAACAAAUUUUACUUGGUAGUCGUUUAAGUGGUAUAGAAAAAUUGUUUACUGAUCGGUCUAGCCAACUAGGAUCUACAGCGUUUAUUAACACAAACACAAGUAUUGAACAAAUACCAAAUUUGAAUAAAACAACGACUCCAAAAACAGUACGAAAACCUAGUUCAUUUAUUGGUGAUUCAAUCACUUCAAGUGUACUUAAAGCUUAUGAUGCUAAACAAACUGAGAAUAUGAUACGUGCAAUUAUUCAGCGUGCUUCAAAUAAAGUAACAGAAAUUUCAAAAGAAUUAAUAUCCAAUAAAAUACUUGUUCAUUCUAAACCACUGAUUGUGAUUGUAAACCAGAAAUCUAUUGAUACAGUCAAUUCAAAAUUGCCAUCAGAAGAUCGACUAUGUGUACUGGGCUACACUAAACCAGGUGAUGAUACAAUUUUUGAAGAGAGCGAAAAUGAAUAUCAAAAUGAUAAUGAAAAUGAUGAUGAUGAUAAUAAUAAUGACAGUGGUAAUAAUAUUGACAAUGAAAAUAUCAGCCCAAAAUCUGAACAGACUGUCAAAGAGACUGAUAAAACUUCUAGACGUAAUAGAUUAAUUUCACCUGGAUAUCAUUUAACUAACUCGUACUUAAACCUUCGUAGUCCUAAGCUUUCCUGUGGAUCUAGAGGAUAUAUUGAUCAGAUGAUACGUAGUGGGACUACUGUUUAUCAAAGUCAAGCAAUUAUAGCACCAUUUUACAAGUACAGAGAUGUACCUGUCAAAGCUAGCUAUUUGUCGAUGACUUCAGUGACGGAACCGAAAGAAGCUGUUGAAUACUUGACAUCUAAAAUUGAUACUGAACAAGACCAAGAAUAUUCAUCAGAUGAAGAAAGGAAAAAAGCUAAACAGUCAAUUGUAAAUUCAAAAAAUAUUCUAUUUUUGAGCUUUUUAAUAACUCGUACACUAACCUACAUUGGUGAUUCUAUAUUAUUUGCACAUUUCAUUAAUUUCGGCAUUAGUAGUGGACUGAAAGAAGAACAAGCAACAGGUCUGCUCGCAUACGUUGGUUUGGCAAGUAUGUUAGGCAGAUUAGGCAUAGGAUUAGUCGGGCAGUUUUCAGAGAAACUGGAAAUUCGUUCAAUUGUGGCAGUAACGCUGUUCAUUUUAUCCAUACACACUAUAUUUAUGCCGUUCUAUCCAACGUAUCCAGCGUUAGCUGGUUAUGGCAUAUGCUACAGUUUGUUUGUUGGACCUAGUUUUGCAUUCUCAAAUUCAAUGACUAUUCAAAUUAUGGGUGAUGCAAAAAUGGAUCGCAGUUUAUCACUGGUACUAUUCUUUGAAGCAACAGGCUAUCUUAUUGGUGGACCUUUAGGAGGUAUUAUUAAAGAACAAACUGGAAAUUAUUCAUCUGCAUUUUUAUUUUCUGGAUUAUGUAAUAUAAUUGCUUCUAUAAUUGUAACUGUGCAUGCUUUGAUUAAAUUUAAUUCAUUUGAAAGGAUAAAAAAAUGUUUAUUUCCACGAGUAAAGCAAAAAAUUGACAAUUUAAAUGAACUUUCAGUUUAACGACAAGAAUUUAUUUAUUGUUUUUACUUGUAAAGUAUCAGAUAACCGUUAAUAAAAUGACAAUCAUAUUUCCCGCACAAAUCAUCGAAAUAGUCAAUUUAAACAAAAAUGAAAAAAGUCAAUUUUUUCUGUAUUUUUUAUCUUGAUACUGACCAGGAAAUACGAUUAUGUAGACGUUCAGUUUACUUAUCAGCCCAAACAUUAAUUAAAUCUAUUGAUUAUGACAAGAUGAUGAUGAUUACCUGUUAAUACAAACCUCCCCCAAAAACAUCACAUACACAUUGAUGUUAUUAAAUUGACAUAUGGACAGACCUUGAGCAAUAUAUUAUUCGAUAUGUAUAAAACAAUAUUUGUGAUUUAAACUUUGGAGCAUAUCAUAUACUAUAUUUUUUCUUGACUACAUUUUUCUACACCAAAAGAUUUUACAAAAAUAACAUCACAAGUUCACCUGAGCUUCAUUGUGACUACUUUUUUCUUUAGAAAUGAAAGAACUUCAUAAACUUUAUUAUUUUGUCAUAUCGUAAUCAAAGAAGUAAACUUUGUUUGUUUUGAGGCAAGUUUGAGCAACACAUACCUGGUUGAUUAAAACUCAUUUGAAAAUCCCAAGUAAACUUUACUAAAUUGCUAUAACAUUGAUUCUUCUGAAUAACCUAUUUCCAAUGUCAAUGUAAUCUGCAUCACUUGUAUUUUUCGUGUGAUUUUCUGUGUCUUAUGUAUUGAUUAAGGUGACCUCUUUUAUAUUAUCAUUUUUCAUAUUUUAAAUGUAUUUUUAUCUAUUUAUUUAUUAUAUCAUAUUUUCUCAGCUGUCUAAACACUGUAUUUGAUUUACAUUAAAUAAAUGUAUUAAAGUGCAUUGAUUGAUUCAAAGUUCCGCAUUUUUCUGAGGUGCAAACAUGUAAUUGUCUAAUGAAACUUGCCUAAUAUUCCUUGACUGUCCGUUAUUCCAUAAGUUAACUGAAUUGUGAUUCACACUAUGCUCCUUUGUGUAAAAAGCUUAGAUAUACCAUUUGACCUGAUAAGUAUGAUUUAUAUAUGCACACUUUCUUGGCAAAGUAAAGGUAAUUGUGCUAUCAGCUGUUGUUU